AUGGCAGUCCGGACUUGGUGGAGCAUCAAGGAUCCGUAUAGUGGCCGCUGCAUCCAGGACUUUAACGUCUGUUACCAUUGUGCAAAGGCAGUCGAGGUACUGUUCCCGAACCUGCUCGGCGUGUUCGUGCCCGUCGACUCGCCCGGCCCUACCCGGGACAUCUGCAGCCUGCACUUCGCGCCGGACCGCAAGCGCUUCAACCUGUACUUCGACCUGCUGGAGGGCACGUACGACCGCGCGGUGGCGAACAAGUCCGCGCCCAACAUCCCGCAGCUCGCGACAAAGGUGCGCCACAUGUCCUCGGUGGGCGAGUGCGCGCGCGACGACGUCGUGCGCGGCGGCGCGUGGCACAUGAUGGAGAAGCUGCAGGAGUUCACCGUCUGCGAGGAGUGCUUCCACGACGUCGUCUUCCCGGAGCUCGAGGCCGGCAGCAUGGUCGCGCGCAACUUCUACCAGAAGCCGCAGCGCCUGCGCCGCGCCGCCUGCCAGCUGUACUCGCAGCGCAUGCGCGACGUGUUCCGGCGGGCGUGCCAGAAGGACGACUUCAAAUACCUUCAGGUCAAGGUCAGGGAGAGAUUGGACAUUGAGAUGGAUAUCAAGAAGAGCUUGCAGAAGAUUGAUGACCAUGGGCCUCAAGAGGCGUUUCGGGAGGAGGUGGAAAAGUUAGUGCGCGAAUGGCGGAAAUGGGAGUAA